CCGGAUCAUCGGAUUAACGGAAAAAUGAAAAAUAAGCUUAACGUGUUCAAAAGGAGGGUUAAUCAAGAUUCAAUUUCUUCCGCUCAUAGUGUAUACGGCGCAUCUUCUAAAACUGUCAGAGAAUGACAUUUUAUGUUAGCAACACUUGUAAAAAACCAGUAAAAAACUGUCAAAAUUCAAAUAUACAAAAUGUCUGGCCGUUCGAUCGUACAAGUUUUCGAAACCUACCAAAAAUCCCGACUAUCGUUCGCCCAAACGGUAAGCGAUUUAGCUUCGAGGCCGCAGAAUGUAGAAGCAAUGAAGAGCGCUGAUGUUUUAGAAUUGCUUAAGCCAUUAAUAACAGACGUUUGUCCUCAAAUAAGGCAAUGCGCUUCGAUGGCACUCGGAAGAUUGGUUCAUAACGAUCCUCAAAUGGCCGCCGAAUUAGUUACAUCCGGAGUUUUGAAUAUUUUACUUCAAAAUGCAAGCGCAGGGAACAAAUAUCAAAAAACCGCUGUCUUAUUCGUAAUACGGUCCAUUUGCAAACAUAAUGCAACAAUGGCGGAAAUUGUUGCCAAAAAUGGACUGCCUACUUUAGUUUUCUGCCUUGAAGACUUUGAGCCAACGGUAAAAGAAUCAGCUGCAUGGGGCAUCGGUUACAUAGCGCGACACGACAAGAAACUAGCCCAGGAUUGCGUUAACGUUGGAGUUCUUCCACUUUUGAUGCUCUGUUUGCAAGAACCCGAACUCAGUCUCAAACAAAUCGCUACCAGCGCCAUUACAGACAUAUCUAAACACGGCGAAGAUUUAGCAAUGUGCGCUGUGGACGCUGGAGUUGUUCCGUAUUUAGCGAAAAACUUACACAAUAGCGACGAGAAAUUAAAGAAACAAUCUUUGGCAGCAUUAAGCGCAAUUGCUAAACACUCCCCAGAACUAGCAGAAGUUGUUGUCGAAGCUGAAGUCAUUGUUACUGUUUCGCAACAUCUCUCCCAUCAAAAUCCGACUAUACGAAGAAACGCUGCUGGUUUAAUCAGAGACGUGGCCAAACAGUCUUUGGAACUUACUCAGUUGGUUGUUAAUACAGGAGCCAUUGGAUCUUUACUGGAAGUGUUAUUACAGUUUCCGGCAAAACCACCCGAACCAUCGAACGACGCUCGGAUUCCUUGCGUCAGUGCCUUGGGAUUUAUUGCUGGUCAAUCUUCUCAGCUAGCGAUGACAGUCUUAGGUUGCCGAAUCAUACAAGUUUUGGCUCGAAUUUUAAACGAAUGCACCGACGAAAACUUGUUAUCGGUUACUGCUUGGACCAUAGGCCAAAUCGGUCGUCAUAGUCCAGAACAUGCGGCUGCGGUCGCUAGUGCAAAUAUUUUUCCAAGAUUAUUGUACCUCUAUGAAAGUGAAAAGUCCUCGGUCGAUCUGAAAACAAAAUGUCAUACCGCUCUCAAACAGUGCCUGCAAAAUUGCCUGCUCAUGACGGCCCUGGAACCUCUUCUCUCCGUCGCAUCGCCGGAAAUAUUGAAGUACGUAUUGGGACAAUAUAGUAAGACCAGCUUCAAUGUUUUCUUUAAAAAUAAUUUACCUUCAACUUUCCAAUAA